UUUAUAAGUUUAAUAAUCCUUCUUUUCUAAUAAAUCUCUAGAACCCUCCAAAACCCUAGGGCUCUUAAACCCUUAUAAAACCCUUUCGUUUUCAGUGAAGCUAAACAACUUUAGCAACCAUGGCUGCUGUAUCUAGGCUUCAAAGCUUAACCAACAAAACUUCACUCCAAAAUCUCAUUCACCGCCAUCUCCUCCGCCCCGCAGCUACCACCGACAUUGCCUCUGCAGACGCAUCUAACAUUUCCCCUCAAUUUCAACCAAAGUCGAUUUUGACUGGACAUUUUUCUGAUGGUAAAAAGUUGAGUGUUUCAAAUGCUGAUGAAUUUCUUCUGAAUUGGAACUUUCCGAUUGGUAUCGGCUCCGGUUUGCCUGCUUUUGAUUUGUCUCUGAUGGAGCUACGUGGAAGCCGAUCGACCAGUAGUAAAAAACGUCCUGAUCUGGAAGAAGAUGUCGAAGACGAUUCUGAUGAUGAAGUUGAUUUUGACGAUUCUGAUGAUGAUGAACCGAAGGGAUUUGAUGAUGUAUAUGGAAGCUGUGAUGAUUCUGAUGAGGACGACGAUGACUAUGGCCGUCAUGGUGGCGGCCGUAGUGGUGGUUCCCGUGGCGGCGGCGCUUAUACAGCAUGAAAUUCGGACCAAGUCCGAUUUGCACCUUUUUCGUUUCUUACAUGCUAAUAGUAUCAGUUUAUUUUUGCUUUGCUAAUCAAUGAAAUUGUUUGGUUCACUCUCUUUUUCAAUUAGUUUUAUUUGCUUUCC